GGUUGACCCGGGCCCUCCUCCACACCCCCUUCCUUCUUCGCCUCCUCCCUCUUUCCUGCACGGGGGCUUGGGCUCACUAUAAAAGGUGGGAGCGCGGGGUGCCCCAGCAACGAAGACUUUCAGCACCAUGGAGAGCUCCCGCGUGCGGCUGCUGCCCCUCCUGGGCGCCGCCCUGCUGCUGAUGCUACCUCUGUUGGGUACCCGUGCCCAGGAGGACGCCGAGCUCCAGCCCCGAGCCCUGGACAUCUACUCUGCCGUGGAGGAUGCCUCCCACGAAAAGGAGCUGAUCGAAGCGCUGCAAGAAGUCUUGAAGAAGCUCAAGAGUAAACGUAUUCCCAUCUAUGAGAAGAAGUAUGGCCAAGUCCCCAUGUGUGACGCCGGUGAGCAGUGUGCAGUAAGGAAAGGGGCAAGGAUCGGGAAACUGUGUGACUGUCCCCGAGGAACUUCCUGCAAUUCCUUCCUACUGAAGUGCUUAUGAAGGGGCGUCCAUUCUCCUCCAUACAUCCCCAUCCCUCUGCUUUCCCCAGAGGACCAUACCUUCAUCCCUGGAGUUUGGCUUUAGCAACAGAUAAAGUUUUUAUUUUCCUCUGAAGGGAAAGGGCUCUUUUCCUGCUGUUCCAAAAAUAAAAGAACACAUUAGA